GGAGCCUGAUGUGGGGCUCAAUCCCACAACGCCGGGAUCACGCCCUGAGCUGAAGGCAGACGCUUAACCGCUUAACCGCUGUGCCACCCAGGCGCCCCACCAAGGAUUCUUUUUGCUAUUGGAAUGUCACCAUGGCCGUGCUCAGGCCCCCCGCGCUUCUGCUUGCUCUGGUUGUCUCUGAACUCCACUGCCUGCCCUGGUUCAUAAAUAUCUCGGAGAGCCAGGGACCUGGCAGCGUCCUUCAGUCCUUCUCCUUCAACUGCACUUCUCACAAGCCCACUCUGGAGCUGGUCCGUGUGAAGCCAUCCACCACCUUCUUCAACCUACCCAGCCUGAGCAGGAGGCAGCAGGUCUACGUGGGCAUGGUGACCUUAAGCAGCUCGGCCCGGCUGGACGCCCUAGCAGUGAACCACUAUGAACUGCAGCUGCGGCUCACAUGUGGUAAACGCGUGACGGAGGGACCACUCUAUGUGGAUGUGCACCGGGACCCUGACUAUAGCCCGUGUGCUGGCCGAUUUGCCAGCCCAGCUGGGGAAAUCAUUCAGGUUCGGGAAACAGUCACACCUGGGGCCCAGCUGUACACUCUGCUGCUCCCAGGCCUGGAACCCCAGCGUGCCCAGAUAAGCAUCAACAGUACCCAGGACCCUCCAUACUUCCCUGGACCUUUCUCCAUCAAUGGGCAAGGUUGGCUGUUAGCACCAUCCCAGGGCCUCAAAGGCCAGGCUAAAAAGGUCUUCCAGCUUCAGAUUUUGGUGACCUUUGGCCAAAAUCGAAGCUGCCAUAGGAUGCUGAAGGUGAAAGUUUUACCUGCUCCCUCCAGUCAGAUCUCCUUCCUGGGGCAGGCCCCGAAUAUCACCGUCCUGGAGGACCUGGCCCCUGGCAGUACGGUGGUUCAGGUUCGAGCCCGGGGCUUCAACGUGCGCUAUGAAAUCGUCUCCCCGGUGCCCUGCCCGCUCUUCUCCAUCGGACGUGAGGACGGCGUGGUCCGCACCACCGCGCCCCUGGAGUUGGCGCAGGCCCGGGGCACGGCGGUCACCAGGCUGCAGGUGAAGGCCUACGAGCGGCUCAGGCCGUGGGCCGGCGUUGACCUCGAUCUCACGGUGAACGUGCGUUCGGUCAACCGCUGGCCCCCGCGCUGCCUCCCAGCGAUGCUGGUGACUGAAAUCCCCGAGACCACGCCGGUGGGCGCGGUGCUGAACACCUUCACUUGCGCUGAUCCGGACUCUCCUGGCUCCGCCCUCGACUACGAGCUGCGGUUUCACAGCCCUCCUGGCCCAGCUAGCCUCUGCCUUCGAGACAGGGCCUUGGAGGUGAACACCACACUGGACUGUGACACUCCUGGGGUCUGCUUUCAACAUGCAGCAUCCAUCCUGGUGCUCGAUGGUGGUCAGCCCCUCAUGACCACUGAGGUGCCAAUAUUGGUGAUGGUGACGCCUGUCAACGAGUUCUCCCCAGCCUGUGUCCCGCACACAUUCCGGAUCCGGGAGGAUGCAGGGCCCUACACCCUGCUGGGCUCUGUGGUGGGCACGGACGAGGAUUACCCGCACAACAGCAUUGAGUACUACGUCUCUGGCGGGCCCACCGCCUUCUCUGUGGACCGUCUCAGCGGUGCGGUGCACCUCCUGGGAUCUUUGGACUAUGAGCUGCAGACGUUGUACGAGCUCACUGUCCUAGUGACUGACCAUGGCCAGGACCAGGCCCCCACCCACCGCCGCUCUGGCUCCUGCACCAUUACCAUUGAGGUUGAGGAUGUGAACGACUAUGCCCCCGAGUGUCAGCCCCCAUUUCAGGAACUCACCGUCUACGCUCCCCUGGGCCGUAGUGUGGAGGUGACCAAGGUGUCAUGCUGGGUUCCUCAGGAGCCACAGCGUCUGGCCUUCUCCUACAGCAUCGUGGGAGGGAAUAGUCAGAGCCGAUUCAGCCUGCGAGGACCCGUCCUGGUGCACGACAACAUCAUGUUGGGGCCCCCCUGGCCAGAGCAGCCCCAUACUUAUGAGCUGUUGAUCCGGGUGGCUGAUGCAGGUCCUUCCAUCCCCCACCUCAGCACCACAGCCACUGUCAUUGUGCAUCUCGUUCCCUGGAGCACCAGCACAGUGGCCACCCGCACCCACAGAGCCACAGUGCCUUCAAUGAUGACGCCCCUGCUUGUGACAGACAUGGAGGCUUUCUGGCAGCCAGAACCAUGGUUUGUGGUGGUGCUGACCGUGACCAGUGCUCUCUUGCUCUUGGCUCUGGGCUGGCUCUUCAGCAGAAUCUUCCAGGGGUUGGCCCAGAUGCUACAGACACCAAACAAACCAGCGCAGGCUCUGCUACUAAACAGUAUCCGGGGAACUGAGGAGUCCAUUGAGGGGUUCAUGGAGGCACCGAGGAUGGAGAUGCCCCAGACACCCAGCAGUGUCAUGAGCCUGCACUUUGAUGGCAGAGCACAGGACUCCCGUACAGGCAGAGAUUACCUAUUCAACACGCUCACAGGAGCCCGGCGCUGGCUCUGAGGCCGAGAAGCUGCUUCACUAUGUAUGGAAUUUCUUCUUCCUAUGAUCACGGGCUGAGUCUUCAAGUUGAUUCAAUAAUAAACAAAAUUACAAAUAGAAGAGUCCCAGCCUUGAA